AUGGGUACUGGCAGCAGCGACACGGGUAUUGACAGCACUACCAGUAGUAGCAAUGGUUCUAGCUCUUCGACGACGGGAAAUGGUAGAAUAACUCCUGCUAGCACGACCAAGUCGCCCGCAACAUCGGGCAACAGAGCCACAACUUCACCCUCGACCACGCCCACGCCCAAGCCAACCCCAACUAAAACACCUACACCUACUAGCACAAGUAGUACAAACCGCGUUACCAGUCCCCCAUCGCCCACAACAACGCCUUCUACAAGCGGGUCCACGUCGUCGACUGCGACUACAACUGCAGCUCCGACAACAAACGCUACGAGCACCAGCGGAAGCAUCCAGGGCAGUGGCUCCAGCUUGAUCGCCGGGUCAGGCUCAAGCGGUGGAACAACCGAUACGGCUCCGACUUCAAGCGGAUCAAGUAGCGGUGGGGUCGGCAUCGGUGUCAUCGCUGGUAUCGCCUGCGGCUGCAUUGUUGUCGUUCUAGUAAUCGGAGCUAUUCUCUUCUUCAUCUGCCGCCGACAUGACGCAGGAAAACACACAGACGACUCCUACAUGCGACCAACUACAGCACCUUCCAGUCGCCUAACAGCGACCCAAGGAAUGGUGCGCGGACAGACCGGGUUGUGGGACGACGACAUCAUCACUGCCAAGCGGAUCUCGCGCAGCAAAGUUCAGGUCCGGAAUCUCCUCAGUCGAGGCGGGUACGGAGAAGUGUACGCCGGCGUUUUCCACGGUCGGUCGGUCGCGGUCAAGAUGCUGCUCCCAGCUAGUCGCACCGACAUCAAGCACGUCAACAACUUCCUGGCGGAGGCCAAGAUGGCGGCUACGAUGGACCACCCGCGCAUCGUCUCUCUCGUCGGUAUCGCUUGGGACUCGCUGUCCAACCUCUGCGUCGUGUUCGAGUUCAUGGAGGGCGGCGACCUGCGGAGUCUGCUGGACAAGUACCUGCAGAGCGGCCACCCCGUGGGUCUGGACCACCAGAAAGCCACCAUCGCCAUCCACUCGCGCAACGUGCUGCUGAACCGCGACCUGGAGGCCAAGCUGACGGACUUCGGCGUGUCGAGGCAGCGGCUGGACGGCACCAUGACAGCAGGCGUCGGGACGUCGCUGUGGAUGGCGCCCGAGGUGAUGAUGGGCGAGCGCUACGACGACAAGGCGGACAUUUUCUCGCUCGGCGUGAUGCUGUCUGAGCUGGACGUGCACUCGCUGCCGUACGCGCGUGAGAAGCAGACCAUGUCGGACGCGGUUCUGCUGCACCGCAUCGCCUCGGGGACAGCUCGAGUGGCGUUUUCGCCGCAUAGUCCGAGGGAGUUCCAGGCCUUGGGUCUUGCGUGUGUGUCGGUGGAUCCUCGUGAUCGCCCGACCGCCGCCGAAGCGCUGUACAGAAUGCAGCUCAUUUUGGCAAACAAAACGUGCCAAAGCAAUGGUCGUGGCAAUGGAAGGUCUCACCUGGAAUACAGUGGCUCAUCGGAAUCGGGCAGCUACACGAUAUGA